AUGCCACAGAUGCGGAGCUUUGGAAGAGCCGGUUGUUGGACUGAUCACGAGCUCGAAAACACCGGGCGCCUGGAUAGCUGCUCUCCUUUGAUUUUGGUCUUUGGAGCACCAGUGGAGUCACUGAAGAAGAAGGAUGUCGUCGCUGCUUUGACAGAGGCAGCUGAUUCUGUGCUGAGUUUAACCGUGGUUCAUUUCUGCCAGUGUCAUGAAGAUGUCCCGAGUUUGCACCCUCUGAUCUUGGGGGAUGCUGAUCCUUUGAACCUUCCAAGCCAUAUCACAGCUGCGGCUGCACCUGGGAAGGGAGAUCUGUACCUGGGUGAUGCCGAUGCAGCUGCAACGUGGCUAGUCUUAGACCAGCUGCAGAUCACCGCGGUGGUGAACGCUUCGCAAGGUCCCAACCAUUUUCCGGAUCAUCUCCGAUAUUUCUCAGUGGAUGUGGCAGACAGUCCUGAGGAGGAUCUUUUAAGCCAUGUGGAUGAUGUGGUUCUAUUCAUGGAAGAUGUCUUAUCCAAGGGCGAGAACCUCUUGGUGCACUGUCAUAUGGGAGUUUCAAGGUCAGCCAGCUUGGUCAUAGCGUAUUUGAUGUGUACGCAGCAUUUGGACUAUUCUGCGGCUUUGGAGGCACUUCGCGACAGUCGCUGGUGUGCAAGGCCCAAUGAAGGCUUUGUCGAACAGCUGAGAAUCUUGGAGCAAAAAGGUGCUUGGCUCCCCCGGGAGUUCCUAGCGCAAGAGGCAAUCGCAACGGGUAGCGCCAAAGUGAGGCGAGAGCAGCCAGAUGCUCCAGCCCACAUGGAUCCGAAAGUCAAGCGUUUAAUGCGAGAGAUCGCUGUCUCUGAGGGUAUGAGGCAAGAGGUGGUGAUGAACCCAGAAUUUGUUGCUGACAUCAAGCGAAAGCACAAGGCAGUGUGCUGCAUGAUUUUCAGCAGGUUUGACUUGCAUGUAGCUGUUCCAGCUCAAACAUGUCUCAAGCCAUACGACAAUUUAUUAUAUAAUGGAGCCAUGGAGCAGAGUGCUGGGGAGUUCGCGGUCUUCGUGACUUUGAAAAUACUUGGAGUCCUCAUCUCACUCUACCUUUUCCUCUUUGGUCUUGACCUGAUGGGCGGUUCCUUCAGUGCACUUGGCAGUAAGGGUGCCGGGAACCUGUUCACCUUUUCCGACCAUCCCAUUACUGCUCUCAUGGUUGGCAUUUUGGCCACUGUCUUGGUGCAGUCCUCAUCAACAAGCACGAGCAUUGUCAUUGGUUUGGUUGGAGCUGACGUGUUGUCGGUCCGCGGGGCGAUCCCAAUCAUUAUGGGCGCGAACAUUGGCACCUCUGUCACAAACACCAUUGUCAGCAUGGCACAUGCAGGGGACCGCAUCGAACUGGAGCGCGCCUUUGCUGGCGCCACAGUCCAUGACAUGUUCAACAUGCUGUCCGUCAUGAUUUUGUUGCCCUUAGAAACCACCAUGGAUGCCAUGUCCGGAGGAGGGGGAGGCUUACUUUUCUUGGUGUCGGAGUGUUUGACACAGGCUGCCCUACGAGGUGGAAAAACCGACUUGCAAUUCCCUUCCCCCACCAAAGAGAUCGUCAGCCCCUUCACCAAGUUGUUCUUGAGCAAGGACAAGAACACCAUCAAGGCAUUGUCCUUCGGAGCCCCUGAGGCCCUGAGCUGUGGCACAGACUGCACUAAAUACUGUGUGAGUUCGGACAUGAGCAAGGCUUGGAAGAAGGUUGCGAAAGAGGCCUACGAGACCUUGAUUGCCUGCAAUGGCACCGUGUCGUGCGACGCAGGCAGUUGCUACACCAAUGCGGGAGAAUAUUUUGAGAACAGCAUUGAGACAGGAAGGACCAUCAAAGGUGGUUUCUUGAAAGAUGCUGGUGAUGUUGCUGGUGGCAUCAUUGGACUCAUCCUUUCUCUGGUCGUUCUUUGCGGAGCCUUGAUUGUCAUGGUGAAGCUUCUGCACAGCCUUGUCAUGGGCCAGGCGAAGAAAGUGAUCAUGAAAGGCACCAAGAUGAAUGACUACUUGGCCAUCCUGGUGGGUCUGGGAAUCACUAUCAUUGUGCAAUCCAGCUCUGUGACAACAUCAGCUCUCACUCCGUUGGUUGGCAUUGGAGUCUUGCCAGUUUACAAGAUGCUCCCGAUGACCCUGGGAGCAAACAUUGGCACGACCUUCACGUCAAUAUCUAAAGCACUCGCCGCUCACAAGAGCAGCAGUCUACAGAUUGCCUUUUGCCACCUGCUGUUCAACCUGAUAGGCUUUGUGAUCUGGUUCCCUGUGCCUGCCAUGAGAAAGGUGGUACUGAAGGCUGCAUGCACCUUGGGGAUUUACACCUACUACUGGCGCAUUGCUUCACUGAUCUACAUCUUGGUGGUGUUUGUGGCAGUGCCUGGUGCGUGCUUGUUGAUUUCUCUGCUCUGCUCAGUGAGUGUUACUGCCGGUGUAGUGGUUACGAUCCUGGCCCUGGACGGUGUGGUAUUCUUUCUCAAUUGGUGGAUCAAAGCAGGCGGCUGCUUGAAGGUGGUGAGCGAAGAUGAACGUGAAGCGCGCAAGGCUGAGAUUGAGGAGGAGAUGGGUCUGGCUGAGCCGAGGGAGGAACCUCGGGAGCAGCCGGACUCCACAGUUUGAGUGAUCUCGAGGCAAAGCUUCUAGUAGAUCCAUGCAGAUCCCACAAUGCGUGAAUUUGCCUUCGUCAGGGAGGACUCCGUCUGUGAAAACGCAGCAUUAAUCUUUGCGCAGGUACCUCAUGACGUUGUGCAGUAAACCAUGUUUGAAUGCUGGCUAUAAACCCAGCAAACUCCUGGAAGACCCAGGCUUUGGCAGCAGUUUAGGUAUCCCCAAAGGGAGGAUAAACCAUGCUCUGUUUUUGUGCUGCCCAAGAUCAACACUUCCUGUUGUGGGGCAAGUACUUUGGAGAAGUUCCGGCGCUGACAGAGUUUAGUCUGAGACUUGGAAGAGAGCCUCCUAGAUGCGUUAAAAA